AGCUGGGUAUGAUUUCUUCCCGCUCUCAACAGAUUUUAAACUUAAUCUAGAGAAUUUUUAGUGGUUUUACAAGUCGACGCAAAGUGAAGAUAGCUAGAGAUGUUGUUCUUCAGGUACAUGACAGUUUUAUGUCUGCUCGCCUCAUCCCUCCCCACACCUCUACGCCGCCUGUGCCUGCAGUUCGCCCAGGAGGGCGACUACGCGGUCGGCCGUGCGCCCGCAGAACCUAAUCCUGACCCUGGCACGCUCAGCAGAACUGAGGUCUCCACGGCUGUUGUGGUGCACCCGCAGUUUGCUCAUCAUGACAUGAGGGUGGGGGCCAGGCGGCUGCUGGCAGUACAGGAAAAUCAAGGAAAUCUAGAUAGGAUCAAUGAAAGUAUUUACGUGGAACGGGGGAAUAUCGACGUGAAACGGGGAAAUGUUGACGAGGAUUGGGGAAAUGUCGACGAGGAUUGGGGAAAUGUCGACGAGGAUUGGGGAAAUGUCGACGAGGAUUGGGGAAAUGAUUCGGAUUGGGGAAAUGAUUCGGAUUGGGGAAAUGAUUCGGAUUGGGGAAAUGAUUCGGAUUGGGGAAAUGAUUCGGAUUGGGGAUAUGUCGAUGUGGUUUGUGGAAAUUUCGACGCGGAGCGGGGAAAUAUCGACGUAAAUGUAACUGAUGUCGACGUGAACGGUGAAAUUUUCGACUUAAUCGGAGGCAAUAUAGAUUUGAAAGGAGGGAGAAUUGAUUUAAAAGGAGGGAGUAUCGGCUUAUUCGGAUUAAUUUUCGACUUGCAUGGAGGGUUUUUCGACUUGACCGAAGGAAGUAUCGCCUUGAACGGAGGGAAUAUUAACCUGAACGGAGGGAAAAUCGACCUGAAUGGUGAUGGUAUAGACUUGAACGGAGGGAGCAUCAACUUGAAAGGAGGGAGUAUCAACUUGAAAAGAGGGUGCAUCGACAGAAGCGGAUUGAGUGAUUACUUGGAAGGAGGAAGUUUCGACUUGAACAGGGGAAGUCUCGACUUGAAGGGAGGUAGUCUCGACUUCAAGGGACAGAGUUUCGACUUGAACGGAGGGAUAUUCAACUUAAACGGAGGGAGUCUCGACUUGAAAGGAGGCAGUAUUGACUUUAACGGAGGCAGUAUCGAAUUACGUAGGUUCGGCCGCUGGACUAUUCCUAUCGACUUGGAUGGAGGGAGUAUCGACGUGAGUGGCGGAAGUUUAGACGUGAGUGGCGGAAGUAUCCACGUGACUGACGGGAGUGUCGACGUGACUGACGGGAGUGUCGACGUGACUGACGGGAGUGUCGACGUGACUGACGGGAGUGUCGACGUGACUGACGGGAGCCACUAAAUGUCUGUUUCGCAUCAACGUCAUUUAGGGUCAGAGGAAGAGCUGGGUUCUUGACGCUAUGGAGGCGCGUACAUUUCUGUGUGGGAAUCUAAACAACAUUGGAUGAGGUUUACUUGUGACUUUGAUGGAGGACCAGUUGGAUGAACACCCAAUACCUGCGAGCAUCGGGGGCCUGAAGUUAGACUGUCUGAAGAACCUAGAACCUAACACCCAAUGCCUGCGAGCAUCGGGGGCUUGAAGUUAGACUGUCUGAAGAACCUAGAACCUAAUGCCCAAUACCUGCGAGCAUCGGGGGCUUGAAAAUUAAAUCGUCUGAAGAACCUAUCGCCACUUCAGCGCUUGUCUUUCUGGGAAUCACUAGAUCCGUUUCCCAAAUUACGUGGUGGGGGGCAAACUAUAGAGACUUCAGAUCGAGAAGAAAAACAGGACAAAGACUGAGGAGCAGGCGAGGUUGAUGCCUUCCACGGUUCAAUUGAUAGUAUUUCUUUGUUCUCAGUUGAGGUGAAAUUGAAAUCGCGCCCGUCAAAUGGUGAAUGUUUAUUAACUGAAGUCCGUCACCCUAAUGCAACUCUGGCGACGCUACUUGAAUGGCAAUUAUCCCCACACUAGAGCGCUAGUUCCCUUCUUAGGAGGGAAGUUCCCUUCGAGCGCUAGUUCCAUUCUUAGAAGGAAAGUUCCCUUCGAGCGCUAUAUAGUUCCCUUCGAGCGCUAUAUAGUUCCCUUCUUAGGAGGGAAGUUCCCUUCGAGCGCUAUAUAGUUCCCUUUUUAGGAGGGAAGUUCCCUUCGAGCGCUAUAUAGUUCCCUUCUUAGGAGGGAAGUUCCCUUCGAGCGCUAUAUAGUUCCCUUCCUGGGAGGAAAGUUACCUUCGAGCGCUAGUUUCCUUCCUAAGAGCGAAGUUCCCUUCUAGCGCCAAUGCAACGUUUUUGUUAGGUCUUGCCGAAAAUUUGGCUUGGGAGUUCCUAGCGUCCAGCGUCCAGGGAAAAUCUUUGUUAAAAGUUUUACUCAAAUGACGCAGUUUUGACGUCGGGUUGCUGUGUUCCCACACUGCGUGUGCAGCUGUGGCUGCGCAUCCAUUAAAAUAUCGAUAUAAUAUUGCCAAUAGGCAUACAUAGUAAGAUGACCAUUCCCACAAACAGAAUUUGUUCAGAUGUUAACUGCCUAGCAAGCCUUUUGUCCGCCGGUUAAGCUUAGCCUGGUAAUUUGUAAUUAAUUUUAAUUUCUAUUUCGGUCAAAUUUGUUAUCUUGACAGCGACGAUGUUUGAAAAUACCAGACCAAUCAACAUUUAAUUUGUGUGCUUAAAGUAGACUCGAAUAGCGUAAUUUCAUUUACUUGUAUCAGCGUCCCAGCGCAGACUUAAUCUCGAUGGAUUUGCCGCAUCGCGAGUUUCAACUUACGCGUGCAAUUUCUUCU